UUUUAGGUUCUGAUUAAUGUAAACAAAAUCAGGCAUAGAUUAUGUUGGGAGAGUAUUUCGAUGUUUUGCUGUUUAUGAUUGUGAUAAACAAUAAGUCUUAAUUUCUAUUAAACGUCAUUGUGGAAAUCUAUUUACAGAAACUAUUUUACAAGUUAAAGAAUAUGUAUAAGUAAAUCUACAAGAUUCCUAUCGUAAUUAAAUUAAUAUAUCUGGUGGACCAAGAUGUGAAUGGCAUGGAAUAUUAGAUGAAAAGACAAGUAUUCAAUUUAUCAUUUAAGUUAAGACUGUUAUUUUUUAAUGAUGACUUUUCCAGGAUCAUCAUAAGGUGUUAUUCGAUCAUCUCUACUUGAAUUAUAGUAGAUCAUUCUCUAUAUACCAAAUUAUAAAAAUGUAAGAAUAUGAUUAAAAAUAAAAGCUAAAUGAGAAUACUUUUCCUAAUUAGAAAAAAAACGAUCUCAUAGCAAAGUUAGAUGAACUAGAAUAAAAAUAUUGUUAAGAUAUUGGUCCCGAAGGAUAACCUGAUGAAAUAGAAAGGAGUGCAUAAUAAUAAUAAUAACAAUAACAAUAAUAAUAACAAUAACAAUAACAAUAAUAAUAACAAUAACAAUAACAACAAUAAUAACAAUAACAAUAACAAUAACAAUAAUAAUAAUAAUAAUAAUAAAAGAAAAUCACUAAUCAGCAAUUUCUCUAAAGCACUCCUCAGUAUUUAUUAUUAAAAUUUUUUAGAAUUAGCUAAAUAAGAAAUCAAGCAUAAUAAUCUAAAAUUUAAGAUUAAUAUAGAAAGCAUUCUGUCUAUAGAUGCUUUAUGAUCUAUAAUGUAACUGGUAAUAAAACACUUUUUUGUUUGAAAAGAGGAACUACAAAAUCUUUUGAUGAUACUAAGGGAUCUCUUAUCAAUUAAUUAAAAAAAUAAUUAUAUGAAACAACUAAAUUUGAAGUUUAUGCUCAAGGAAAUUAAAGAUCUGAAUGGCAUGGAAUUUUAGAUGAUAAAAAAUGUUAAUUUAAUUUAUUUAUUUUAUAGCAUGCUACUUUUUAAUGAUGACUUUUCCUUCAACAACAAAGAAAAAUGUUAUAGAAGCUUUAGAAGAUUUGAAAAAAACAUUUAUUCAAAUUCCAAAUUAUGAUACUAUUCAACCAAAUGAUCUUGAAAGAAGAUUAAAAUCAGAUAUUUAGAAAUAAAUUGAUAAUCUUGAAAUUAAAUACUUUAAUUUAAAUGGAAAUGAAGGUGUGCCUAGUGAUAAUGAAUAAUCUGAAAUCAGGAGAGAUUUAAUCACUUCAAAUUAAAUUACAUAAACUAAUUAAAAGCUUUAUCCACCCAGUGUUAUUAAGGAAAAUGAUAGCUUUAAUCCUCCUGAAAUAUAAGAGAGCGGAAAAAAUUUAUAUGAUACAAUUGAAAUUAAUGUCAAAAGAGAAUUAGAAGAAUUAUCUAAAUUUAAACCUACACUCAUAGAUGCUUAAAAUUAUAUGUACGUUGGAAUAGGAGUCACUUUUUUGUUAUUCAUAAUAUUGAUCAUAAUGAUAGCCUGA